CGCCGGCUCAGGCCCCAUCCCCUGAUAACCGACAUCGUCGUCGCACUAUUUAUUUGCUUUCACGCAGAGAGAGGCUUCUACGAGGCGACACAGCUUCCUCUUCUUCUAGUUUCUUCGGCGGCCGUCCGACCAGGAGGAGCCCAAGAUGCCAACCUCUAUGGCUGUGAACAUGUACCCGCUCGCGAACUACACGUUCGGGACGAAGGAGCCCAAGAUGGAGAAGGACACCUCCGUCGCCGAUCGCCUUGCUCGCAUGAAGGUCAACUAUAUGAAAGAAGGCAUGCGGACGAGUGUUGAGGCGAUAUUACUGGUACAGGAGCACAACCAUCCUCAUAUACUGUUACUGCAAAUAGGAAAUACAUUUUGUAAACUUCCUGGUGGACGUUUGAAGCCUGGAGAGAAUGAAAUUGAGGGUUUGAAACGGAAGCUGUCUAGCAAACUUGGUGCCAACUCACCUUCCUUCCAGCAAAAUUGGCAGAUUGGAGAGUGUGUUGCUGUGUGGUGGAGGCCAAACUUUGAAACAGCAAUGUACCCGUAUUGUCCUCCUCAUAUCACCAAGCCCAAGGAGUGUAAGAAGCUUUUUCUUGUUCACCUGCCAGAAAGAGAAUUCUUUGCUGUUCCCAAAAACUUGAAGUUGCUUGCUGUUCCAUUGUUUGAACUGUAUGACAAUGUUACGAGAUACGGACCUGUUAUCUCAACCAUUCCACAACAGUUAUCAAGGUUCCAGUUCAACAUGGUUAGUUCGUGAAGAUGGUAGGCUAGUUUCAUGGUAGAGUUCUGGAUUGACUGAUCCUCAGGACCUUCAAAAUGUGCAUGCUGCAACAAGAUGAAUGAAGCUAGUCCAACGUAACUUGAACCCCUUUGCUUAAUUUAUUGUCUAUUUUCCUGUGUAAACAAAUAGAACUGGUUCAUCCAUGCAUGGGAUUUUUUUCUUUUAUCUGUAAGCUUGACAUUGGCAGCUGGACUUGCGAGUCAUCAUCUUGUAGCCUAGAAAAAAGAUUGGCUCAUCUCUAGUUCCCAAAACCCUUAGUAAACAGUUCAUUUAUUGAGCUGAUGUUAGGUUAGAGAAUACGGAAGAGAACCGAAACAGGUGAGAGACAGAGAUGGCUAUUGUAUGUCGAAGCUUACGCGUCGGUACUGGUAUCUUUGCUUACACCACCAUCCCGCAUGGUGCAAUAUAAUGAAAAAGUUUGUCACA